GAUGGAUAGGGGCCGCUAGCCGGGGGCCGCGUUGCUGGCGAAUCCAGAUUCCAAGGAUCUGACCGGCGUGGGUGGGCUCCGAUUGAUCAGCCGCGGUGAUUGGCGGGGAGAGGAUUGAUCCGAUCCACCAGACGACCUGAGCGAGAUGCCAUGCAGAUGCUGAUGCAAAACGUAGACAAUGACGGGAUGUGCUGAAGGAGGAUGACGCUGGACUGCUGAUGGAAGGGAGACGAUGAGGACGAAGAGAUGGCGAAGAGCAGAGAAGCGAGGAGGCAAACCAGACAAAUCGCGGGCAUCAGGCACCCAGGCAGCCACGCCGGGUGCUCACGGGGCUAGUGCCAGGCACCCACAUUCGACUCUCGCUUCUCGCUUCUUGCUUCUCGCUUCUUGCUUCUCGCUUCUUGCUUCUCGCUCCUCUUCUCUGCUGUCUGCUCUCCAUGUCAUGCUCUUCCCAGAAAAAACCUAUGGUCGCCGUCGACUUCAUCAGUUCUUAGUUAUUACAUUCCAAGAUGUAAGAACCUCUCGCGUCAAGAAAUGUUGGCUCAGAAAGGAUAUCUCCCCUGGCUGACGGCGUUCGACGGACUGACUUUAUGUGCCGCCACCAGGACUCAAUCUAUUUUUAUCCGCACUAGCGCGCUACUUGUCACUUCACGGUUGAUCAGGAA